AUUUUAUUCUCUCAUUAUAUAAAUUAGAUUUAGAGGCUUCUAUUUUCUUCUUCUCUUUUCUUUAUUAUAUUUUUAAUACAAAUGUCAACUAUAGAUACUUUUUCUAUUCAAAUGCCUCAACCAACAGAUUGGAGUGACAAUUAUUUCUCAUUUGAUCGCAGUAAACGCUCCAGUACUUCAUCCCUUUAUUCAAAUGGUUCUGCAGUAUCUCUUUAUGAAGUACCUUCUUUACAAGAAGAGAGAUCAACAAGACACUCUAAUAAAAAGGGUGUCAGUAGUUUCAUUACCAAGCUCUUUUCUAUGGUGGAAGAAUGUUAUCAUCAACAUCUUAUUUCAUGGAAUCCCAGUGGCACUUCUUUUUUUGUAUGCCAUGCCAUUCAAUUCUCUCGAAUUGUCUUGCCAGAAUACUUUAAACACAGCAAUUUCUCAAGCUUUGUUCGUCUCUUAAACAUGUAUGGUUUUCACAAAAUCAACAAGUCACCCAGAGGGCAAAGAAACAACAACGAUAAUGAAAUCUGGGAGUUUUCCCAUCCUAAAUUCCAACAUGGACGUCCAGACUUACUCAAAGACAUUAAGCGUAAAGCUAUGGAUUCCGAAUUAUUGAGACGAGAAACAGGUGACAUUCAUGCUUCCUUUGCCGCACUGCAAAUGACACAAACAGAUUUACUGCAACAGUUUCAGACCUUACAAGAUAAUUUUUCUCACUUGCUAAAAUGCUUUGAACAGUCCAAAAAGAUACAAACACAACAACAAAUGGCGAUCUGUCAACUUGCUGAAAUACAAGGCCUCGAUCCUCAUAACCUGUUUUCGAGUGAUUCUUUAGCUCUUUUUCCAACUAUUCAACCUACACCUGAUGCUACUCUGACUAUGUAUAAUACGUCCAAUCAUUCAUCACCUUCAUCUUUAUCACCUAGUAUGCUUGAUAUAACCAAGAGCCAAUUACUACCUAAUAGUCCAGUACCUUCCAACAUGUCGAGAUCAAAUAUUUUGGUCGAUAAUGAUCCACUCUCUUCAAGAUAUGAAGACACCUUUGCUUUGACCUUCUCAACCUGAUUUUUUUUUAUACGUCUUAUAUGUAAAUACCUUUUAAAAUAAAAUAAAAGGAAGAGAGAAGAGUUCUAUAAAUAGUUCUUCCUUUUAUUGAUUUAAUGGUAUCCAUAAAG